AUGAUCCGGUGCUGUUCCGCAGGAUCGCUACCAUAUCUUGACUUCUUCCAAGAUGACAGAGGUAUCCUCGGGGUCGAGGUCCUUAUUCUCAAUGGCCGUGGAUGGGCCAGAUGGAUGGCAACCAGGUCUCUUGUCUGCGACCUCCAUUGCACAAGGAAUGGAAUCGGCAACUCCGCCCGAGAUGACAGAACUUAUCACAGUGGAAGGUUCCGUUCUACUUACUGCCACUCCCUGUUUUGCGAGGCUUCUAAUGGAAAGCUCUUCCUUGCCGAGCUUCCAGAGAACGCUCAGAAAAUCUUAGAUGUUGAGACUGGGACAGGCGCGUGGGCUAUCGAAGUUGGCGAAACUCAUCCACACGCCCUCGUGGUUGGAAUCGACCUAUCACCGAUUCAGCCCCAACAUGUCCCGCCGAACGUGGAGUUCCAGAUUGAUGACUUCAACGAACCAUGGACAUUCAAAGACAAUUCGCUCGACUAUAUCAACAUGCGGUUUCUGACUGGAUCCGUUCGUGAUUGGAAAUUCCUAGCGGGGGAAGCCUAUCGCUGCCUGAAAGAAGAUGGGAUUCUGGAAAGUUCGGAGCCAUCAUUUCUCAUCGAGAGCGACGACGACACGGUGGGCCAGACAAGUGCCUGGAAUCAGUGGCACGGAGUCUUCGAGGAAUACGAGGCACAUACUGUAUUGGACAGACGUUCUCUGUGGUACAAGAGGGCAUACAAAGACAGGCUCUGGAAGAGGCACACUUCAGUGACAUCCGAGAGCUUGACUAUAAGAUACCGAUUGGAAAAUGGCCAAGAGAUCCAGAGCACAGAUGGCUAG